AUAUACAAUGAAGUCACGCCAAGCGUGGAUCUGAGUGGUCCCACCAAUUUUGCUCCGCUUAUCUAUCAAUCUAUGGAAAUUUGUCAGGCAGCUAAUGAUUUUUGCAAAUAUGCACAACGAAAUGAUACAUCGCGACACAAGCGUCCAGGACAUUUUGAAAUGGCAUUCUACAACAAAAUCCAGCAUCAAUUUAUAACGUUUUCAUUACAGUACCACAUUCUCGUAAUAAUCGCAGACGGCCAAGUUACUAAUGAACGUGCUACGAGGCGAGCCAUCGUACAAGCUUGUCAAUAUCCGCUUUCCAUUAUUGUAGUUGGUGUUGGCGAUGGGCCAUGGGAGAUGAUGAGGGUAUUCGACGAAUCGUUGCCAAAACGCCCGUGGGAUAAUUUCCAUUUUGUUGAGUUCCAUGAGGUAAGCUCAUGGCUAGGCUUCUUUCAACUUGCUUUCAGUUUGCUCAGCAGACAUUGGACCUCAUAUGAUAAUUUUUCAUUUGUACUUACAGCCAAGAAAAUAUGA